AUGGCGAAUAUAAGUAUAACAGGGAAGCUUUUUGGUCCUAAGGAAGAGCAUAUACCAUUAUUGGUUCGUCAAAGACAUCAAAUUAGACCUGAACAAACAGCAAGAAUGGAAAGUAAAGCAAAUUCAAAACCUAAUCAAGUUUAUCAAAAUGAUUCAUCAAUGGAUACAACUUUUGGUAUACAUCAACAAAGUAACAACUUCUCAACAUCUACUGAAACGUCAAAAAUAGACACAUCUAAUAUAGACAAAUCUUUAGUUUUAAAUGAAAUAUGUGCAUUAAUGGAAGUUGAUGAUCCAUAUCAAUUGAGUAGUAAACUUCAAGCAAUAAAUUUAACAAAAGAUGAAAUUACCAAAUUGACUCAAUGUAAAGAUCAAUUGACAAAAGAUUUACAAGCUUCACAAGAUCAACUUGAAAUGAAAAAUAAAGUAGUUGAAUCAUUAGAUAUUAAAAUUGAAACUAUGGAAAAAGAAAAAAAUGAUUUAAUGUUAAAUGUUCAAAAUUUGAAUAAUAAAUUGGAAGAAUGUUCAAGAGAAGCUCAUAAAGUUACAACAGAUCUUUUGAGUAGUAAAAAAGAAUUAGAAUUAUUGGAAAAAGAAUCAAAUUCAAAUUCUUUAUUAAAAGAUCAAGCCAUUACAAAUUUAGAAAGAGAAGUAUUUGUAUUAAAAGAGAAAGAGAUGUAUUUAUUGAAAGAACUUGAUUUAAUCAAAGCAUCCAAUUUGGCAAUUGAAAAAGAAAAGAAAGAAUUUGAUGUAAAAAUUGAAAAUUUAAGAAACUCUCAUCAAGAUGAAAAAAAUGCAAUUGAUAGAAAGAUGAGAGCCUUGAAAAAAUCAAAUCAUGACUUGGAAUUGAAAUGUGAAUCAUUAAAUCAUAAACUUUCAACUUCUAAAUCUCAUUACAAUAAGAAAGUUACAAAUUAUGAAAAACAACAUUCCAAACUUUUAGAUCAACAAGAAGUUGAAAUUAAAAUUUUAAGGGAUAUAGUUUAUAAAAAAUUUGGUGUUAGUCAUCCAAUAAAUUUCACUCCAUCAUCUUCUCCAGUGGAAGAUAUGAAACAAGAAAUAAAUUCAAAUUUAUUUGGAGCAACUUCUGAUGCUAAUUUGUUAUAUAUUCGUCAACUUUAUGAAGACAGAUACCUUAAUGCUUUAAAGGAAAACAAGGAUUUAUUAGAUUCAAACUCAAUUGUUUUAUCAGCCUUGACUAGUUUAAUUAAUGAAAAUAUUAAUUAUUUUAAUCAAAUUAUUCCAAAGAAUGAAAGAUUUGUUUAUUUUGUCAUCUUAUGUAAAGAAAUCAGAAACAGAUCCAUUUUUAAAAUGAAUGAUACUAAAUUUUUGAAAAAAAUUAUUGAAAAUGAUGGUUUCUUAUUUAAGGAAGUAAUUGAUAAGUUCAAUCAUGAAAAGAAAAGAUAA